AUGGCGACCCAACUUCCGCCCCCGAAACGACAGAAGUCGAACUACGCCAAGUCGCUCCUCCCGCCUUCGGCGCCGGAACCCGAGGUGCCCGUGCCGCAGAUUGUGGUCCAGUUCAAGAACUCGGAGAACGGCCAGAGCCUCGGUCCCGCGAUCAACCUCCCCGCCGACACUGCCCGGGAUGCGCUGCAGAUGCUUGUGAACAAGCUGCGCGGAGAGGACCCCCUUCCGUACGCUUUCCACCUUCAGGCUAAGGACGCCUCAAGGGUUGCGAUCCACGACUCGAUUCUCGCCGAUGCACUCCAGCCCAAGGCGAGCACGAGCACUGCGCCGGCGUUCUCCCAGGAGGACGUGUUUGAGCUCUGGUGCGAGCCGCAGGCGGUCUUCCGUGUCCGUGCUGUUGGACGGUGUUCUGCUACGCUGUCUGGCCACGCCAGCCCGAUUCUCUGCGCCGCCCACUCCCCGACAGGACGGUAUGCGGCGACUGGAAGCGGAGAUGCGACGUGUCGCGUGUGGGACAUGGAGACUGAGACGCCCCGCUGGACGCUUACUGGGCACAAGGGAUGGGUGCUCUGUGUCGAGUGGGACGCGCGGGAGAAGCUCCUCGCGACUGGAGGACACGACGGACAGGUGCGCCUGUGGGACGUGAAGACGGGACAGGCGGCUGGACAGCCGCUUCUGGGACAUACGAAGUGGGUUACUUCUAUGGCGUUCGAGCCGUUGCAUCUCGCGAAGGGACAGCCGCGCCUGGCGACGGCGAGCAAGGACGGCACGGUGCGUGUGUGGAACACGGCGACGCGGAAGCUCGAGUUCGUUCUCUCUGGACACGCUGCGAGUGUCAACGUCGUGCGCUGGGGUGGUGAGAACGUCAUCUACACCGGCUCCUCCGACCGUACUGUCCGCGUCUGGGCGGGAACGGACGGCAAGCUGAUCCGCACGCUGAGCGAGCACGCCCACUGGGUCAACACGAUGGCGCUGUCGACCGACUUCGUCCUCCGCACUGGACCCUUCGACCACACGGGCAAGCACCCGAAGGAUGACGAGGAGGCCAAGGCCUGGGCGCUCAAGCGGUACAAGGAGCACACGGCGCAGCAGCCCGAGACGAUGAUCACGGGCUCGGAUGACCACACCCUCUUCCUCUGGCCGGACCAGGCGAGCAGCUCCUUCUCCUCGACGGCGCUGCCGAAGAAGCCCGUCGCCCGCCUGACGGGACACCAGAAGCAGGUCAACCACGUCGCAUUCUCGCCCGACGGACGCUUCGUCGCCAGUGCCGGCUUUGACAACGCCGUCAAGCUCUGGGACGGACGUACCGGCAAGUUUGUUGCGAGCCUGCGCGGACACGUCGCGGCUGUUUACCGGCUCGCUUGGAGUGCCGACUCCCGUCUUCUCGUCUCCGCGUCCAAGGACUCGACGAUCAAGCUCUGGAACCUCAAGACGUUCAAGAUCAAGACUGAUCUGCCCGGACACAACGACGAGGUGUACUGCGUCGACUUUGUUGCUGACAAGGUCGUCAGUGGAGGGCGCGACAAGGUCGUCAAGAUCUGGCGCCACUAA